AUAAAAUAAGAAGUACAGACAUGGGCAGUUUGUUUGGUAAAGAGGAGAAGCAGAAGAAACAAUAAAAAUAGUAGUAAUCUUCAUACCCAACAAAAUCUUAAUUCCCAUCACAAAAGAAGGAAUUAAGUGAGGGAGAAAAGAUGAGAAUGAAAUUGCAACACAAUAGAGAUGAAUUGAGAAACAAGAGAAAGUAAAUUGACCUAUAAAUCGAGACCUACGAAAAGGAAAUAAGGGUAUACUCAAUCUGAUAAUCAUAGACAUUAAUUUAAAGUAACAAAAGAGAUUAGGCUAAGUUUGUGUUAUAAAGAAAAUUGUUGUAUGAUAAGUUCCUUGAUAAUAUAAUGGAGAAAGAAUAGAUUAUAGAAAAAUCUAUCAUCUCUGUGGACUAAAUGCAGUCUGUAAAAUCAUAUAAUUAUAAAACAAUAGGAUAAAGAAAUGGCAGAUAUUAUCAAUUAGACCAACCAAGUUAUGAAAGAUAUCUAAUCAUCCAUUGAUUAAGACAAGUUAAGAGAUGCUUUUGCAGAUAUGUAGGAAUAGAAAUAGAAAAAUGAUGAAAUGAAUUAAAUGUAUUAGUAAUAUAAAGUUGGUGAUGAAGAUGAGAUUAAUGAAUUAUAUGGAAAAUACGAAUAAUAGGUAUGCAAAAAUACUUAACCAAAAUAAUAAUAAUAAUAAUUUGUUCCAUUACCUUAAUAAUAAUAAUAAUAAUAAUAAUAAUAAUAAUAAUAAUAAUAAUAAUAAUAAUAAUAAUAUUAGUAACAAUAAGAAUAAAACGAAUAUACAGAUAAAUUAGCUAUGCUAGAAUGA